CUCCUCCAACCCAUAUCACUCAGCAUGUCUCAGCCCGCCAGGGCUUCUGGUGCCGCUGCCCCGGGAGGUAAUGCGCCAGCUCAAGAUGGUGAUUGGAUGUCAAGGUUCGGGGGUCUUCUCAAGCCCAUGGCUAUGUUCUUUGCCGUUCAGAUGGUCAUGAGAUAUGGUAUGGACUAUAUGGGUCUGAAUAAGUCUGCACCAACUUCAGCCCCCCCAGCAUCUCCUGAUUCCACGACAAUACCCAACGUCCAAAGUACAGUCCCUGAUACUGUAGCCGUUCCUCUUUGGCCUAUAGGUACUCCUAUGUCAAUGCUUCUGUUUGUGUCAACAUCACCCACUGGAAAUGACGUCGACACUUCAUCACCAUUAUUGGCUUGGGACGGAUUGACAUAUGGUAAUUGGAAAGAAGAAAGAGCGGCGGACUUAUUGCUCGAAGUCCCGGAAAUCGUCAGACUCCAUAAUGGAACUUGGUGGAUAGACAUCGUUCUCGUCAAAGGUGGUGGUACAGAUCUACAAGGAAAAACUCAAGAAGACUUGGUUUCAUAUCGCAAACAACUCACUCGUUUUUUACCAAAAAAACGAGUGCGGAAGGAGAAGAAACUUAUCCGCGGUGAAGGUCAGGAAGAAGAAGAGACUGAACCAUCCGAAUUACCUCCUGCUACAAUCGUCUCUCAUUGGUCCUCAAAUCUGACCUUGACAAUCAUGUCAGAGUCGCCUAAGAUCAACACUCAGUCUCUCCAGCCACUCGUCGUCCCGCAUAUUCAGAUUGUCACUCGUCCAGAUGGUCCCAAAUAUUAUCCUCCGGUCUUUCCAAACGAUUUCUGGCUUCUUCGUGAGAACAUGCUACCGAUCAACGAUACCUCUUAUCAGCUACCCUUGCAUGUGAGCUAUGCACCAAUCACCAACUGGAAAUUCCACCUGUUUGCCACGAUGACCCAAUCGUUCGAGCAAGCAGCGCAGCAACAGGGUGGUGGACAAGAGAUGGACGAGGUGAAACGGAUGCUCACCGAAACAAGUCCUUGGCUGCUCAUCACGACGGCUAUCGUGACGCUGCUUCAUACUGUCUUCGAGUUUUUGGCUUUCUCCAGUGACAUCGGUCAUUGGAGGAAGAAGGACAAGGACUUGGUGGGGGUGUCAUUGAGGACCAUUCUGACAAAUUGUUUUGUGCAAUUGGUCAUUCUGCUGUAUCUCCAUGACAGUUCCGAGGAGACAAGUUUCAUGAUCUUGUUCGGACAAGGAAUUGGUCUGCUUAUUGAGGCUUGGAAAAUCACCAAAGUUGUCGACGUUCGCGUGCGCCCAAACCCUAACUCGCUGUUAGGAUACUCUGUCGCCUUUGAAGAUAAGAAAGUUCUGUCCGAUGACGAAAAGAAGACUCAAGAGUAUGACAAAUUGGCUUUCCGUCUGGUGUCAUACUUUGCCAUCCCUGCUCUGAUGGGUUACACCGUUUAUUCAUUACUGUAUGAAACCCACCGAGGCUGGUAUUCUUUCAUCAUCACUACUUUAGCCCAGGCGAUCUACAUGUUCGGCUUUGUCCAACUCGUCCCUCAACUAAUCAUCAACUAUAAACUUAAGAGUGUCGCGCAUAUGCCCAUGAAAGCCAUGAUGUAUAAAACAUUAUCGACCGUUGUCGAUGAUUUCUUUGCUUUCUGUAUCCGAAUGCCAUGGCUUCAUCGUCUUGCUUGUUUCAGGGACGACGUUGUCUUCCUCAUUCUCUUAUAUCAACGCUGGAUCUACCGUGUCGAUUACAGCCGUGUCAAUGAAUAUGGCCAAGUGGCAGAGGGAAAGGCGGAGCCUAAGGUUACAAGCAGCUCGAUUGUUGAGAAGAGAAAUACGGAGUGA